AUGAAGCAAACUAGUUUAAGAUUAUUAAAAUUCACAUUGGUAUCGAUAUUUGUACUGUUUUCAUUUAUCAAUCAUGUAGAAUCAUUUAAAAUGGCUAUCUUUACAACCGGUGAACUCAAUGAUUUUGAUCCUUUCACUGACCUCAAAAAAUCAAUUCAAAUUUCUUAUUCUUUCUAUUUAGGAUUCAAUUAUAUGGUUAAUUAUGCUAAAGUAAAUGUAGAGAAACAAUUACAAACAACAGAUAUUGAUAUUUUCGAAGGUGUCACUGAACAUGGUGCCAUUGAAUUUAUGGAGGAAAAGAUUGCACUUGGCUACGACAGUUUUAUUGCUGCCUCGCUCGAGUACACCAACGCUGCCAUCAACAUCACCACUCGAUUCCCAGAGGUUGUCAUCUUGACCCGUGGUAACAGAGUUGCCACCAAGAACCUCUCCUACGUCACCUACAACGUCCAUGUAUGCCAAUACAUUUUGGGAUACUUUGCAGGUCUCAUGACCAAGACUAGUGUGCUUGGUUACGUCAAUCCAGGUGAACCAUUCAUUAUGAACUAUGGUUCAAACGCUUUUUAUGUAGGUGCUGUUGCCUCUAGCGCACUCGUUGGCAAGCCCGUCCCACAACUCUACCUCUGGCAAGCCGGUGGUUGGAUCCAACCAGACAUUGAACACGGUGCCACCUUGAACCUCAUGAACGACUUUGGUGCUGAUAUGAUCUCGCACACCCAAGAUGAUAUGAUGGUGCCCAUCACCAUUAUGCAACAAGGUGGUAUGGCUCUCGGAACCAACGGGUACGGCCAACGUGAAAUCUAUGGUGAGCAAAUCGGUCUCAGUUUUGUCACUGAUUGGACCACUCCAUACCUCCAAUUCACCAAGGCUGCCAUGACUAACCGUACUGCCAUGAUUAGAUAUUACGGUGAUUUUAACAAUAAUUUCCUUAGACUUGAUAAUUUUUCAUCUCUUGUACCACAAGAUGUUCAAGAUAAAGUAAAUGCACAAGCAGCUUAUUUGAUGACUGUCAAUAGAACUGUUAAUCCAUACUAUUGUAGUGAUCUUAAUUUGGCUGUUAUCACCAACAAGACAACCGAUCUUUUACCAGGUACCACCAAUUGUAUCACAUCGGCCAAGUUCUUCCAAUUGAAUGUUCCAUACCCUGGUAUGACCUUUUUAGGCAACUAUUCAGUACCAUUGGUCAAGGUUGAUAUGGACAGGGACGUCCAAUACGCCUUUUCGGUCAUUGCCGGUAUUCUCAACCUCGUUUCCAUUGUGUUUGCCGUCUUGGUAUUUGUCUACCGUAACACCCAAUCGAUCCGUUCCGCCUCACCACUCUUUUGUAUUGCCAUCCUUAUCGGUGCUUGCAUCACCUACAUUGGUGUCAUCAUCUGGGUGCAACCAAACUCUGAUGCUGUCUGCAGUGCCCGUUACUGGUUACUCGCCGUCGGUUAUGCCCUCUUGGUCGGUGCCCUCGUCGUCAAGAACUUCCGUAUCUGGAAGAUUUUCGAUAAUCCCGAGCUCAAGGCCGUCAAGAUCACCAACGCCCAGUUAUUCCCAUGGGUCUUUGCCAUCAUCUGCGUCAAGAUUAUCUUUUUGGCCAUCAUGACCAGCAAGGUUGGCAACAGCCGUGUUGAAGAUGUCUUUAAUAUCGACGGUGUCGGCAAAUACGAGUACAUGUCGGUCUGCCAGAUGGACAGUGCCGGAAAUGGUGUGCUCUAUGGUUUGCUCGGCUCGUUUGCCGUUUUACUCUUGUCUGGUGUGUUCUUGUCGUGGAAGAUCCGUAUCGUCGACAUUGACGAGUUCAAUGAAAGCAAGGAGAUUGGUAACACCCUCUACGCCAUCUCGUUCAUCUUGUUUGUCAUUAUCCCACUCUUGGUGUCGCCACAAUCCAACUUGAACCAAAGUAUCAUCAUUUGCGCAUCGGCUCUCUUUAUCACUACUGCCGCCAUCUGCAUCCUCUUUGUGCCCAAGUUCUGGCGUAUCCACAACUAUGGUGACAAGGGUACCAAUGUAUUUGGAUCUCGUUCCAAAUCUGCCAUUGCCUCUUCUCGUUCAAAGUCUGCUUCCAACAGUGUCUCUGGUCAUGUCAAGGAUGCCGAUGAUGAUGAAGAUGGAGCCAUCUCACCUGUGUCGUCUGGAUCCAACUCGAUUAGAAUGACCACCAUGUCAGUCUCUCGUGAGCCACCAUCGUCACCAACUGCCUCUUCAUUUGCCAGUCCACUCCCACCAUUCACUGGUCCAGUCCACGCCACCUUUGAUUCUGAUGAUACUGAUGAUGAAGCAAGAUUCCCAUCUCCUCGUCCAGUUCCAGUUCAACAACAACCACAACAAAACACUGAACAAAAUGUUUAA